GUUUGGUUUGGUUCCGACAUGGCAGUGGCAAGAGUGAUUUUCUUAGCCGCCAUAGUGGCCGUAAUGGCUUCCAUUUGCUCGGCCGCCGGUCUCCUGUACACCUUUUUUCCAUCCAUCAUAUCCGAGUUCUACAGCCAAGUUCCAAUACAAGGUGGAUACCGUUUCAAUCAGGAGGAGCCCACUGGCAACAAGCGCCAGGACAUAGGAGUCAUAUUGUAUCCAGGAAGAGAUCAGCAGGAGCUCCUUGACCUCCUCCGUGGUCCUGACACCCAGACCACGACCAUGUACACGGCCGACAAAAGUGGUUACAAGGUUUUGAACGAAAUGAAAAACCGCACAUUAGCCGGAAGCACUCUGAAAGCUGCUACGGGCUAGACCAUUUGUAUAAUUUUAAUAA